GAGCUGGGGCGUGCUCAGGAAUCUUUAACAGCUGCCCUCUCCUAUGUGUUCUGAGGGCGGGAUGAUGGAGUGACGACGACCAGACGGUUCCGUGUUCUACACCCAAUACGAAUUCACACAGCAAGCAAGGAAAUGAGAUUUCAAAAUGAUUCCACAUAAACAUUCUAAUGGCAUCGUUGAGGACAGGCGACGAUACGUGACUGCGGGUGGAAUAUAAUGUGCUUGCAGGCGGAAGUCGUGCGUGCAUGUGUUGUCGAAAAUCUCGCCAGCCUUUAAGAACAUGAAAACAAGAAGCACGUUUGAUGCCGAAGCGGUUGUAAAUCGUCGGUCUCCUCGUCAAUAGAGUUGGAUUCUACCAAAUAACUGUUUGAUCCGGUGACAUUGAGGACGCAAUUUUAAUACCAUUUUGUUUUAAUGGUCAUUUUGACUGUCCGUAAACAGCGCUUGGAGGCAAGCAACGGCGUUCAGAUUUUUUUCUUGAAGUAUUUCUGAAGUCGGUUUGUCAUGAAUCUUUUUUGUUUACGUUAAGUAGCCUAACCACGUCUCAGUUUCGACUAUUCUAACGUAGCCUAAUCAUAUGCAACUUUGUGGACAGAAUCGGCGGUCUUUGGAUAAAAUACAAAUCUAUCCCGAAGAGGGUGAACCAUGGCUGGUUAGAGAGCCAACUCUGAAGUUAGAAUGACUUGGCGUGUGAAUGGCGUGGUUUAACACAGCAUCCGCACAGGUCGUUGUUGCUGACAUCUGGAAGUACAGCUAUAUUUGCCUUUAUCAUAAACGCUUCUGUAAACUUCAGAAACAGCAGCUGUUUUCAUAAUGGCAGAUAGCGGUCGUGUCAAGCAAGUCAGUCCUAGUGGGAGCCCCCAUUCCGGGAGGAAAAAGACACAGCAGUCGCCGGGGUCUAGGACGAAAUACCAGGUCAACGCUCCAGGACACUGCUUUCGGAAAGUGACCCUCACCAAACCCACCUUCUGUCAUCACUGCAGUGACUUUAUCUGGGGACUGGUCGGGUUUCUCUGUGAAGUGUGUAACUUCAUGUCCCAUGAGAAGUGCCUGAAGCAUGUGAGGACGGUGUGUUCCUGUGUGACUCCCACACUUGUGCGGGUGCCGGUGGCCCACUGCUUCGGUCCGGCUGGUCAGAAGAAGCGUUUCUGUUGUGUUUGCCGAAAACAUCUGGAGGGCAGUAGUGCGUUGCGCUGUGAAGUGUGUGAGCUCCAUGUCCACAGUGACUGUGCUCCCUUCAGCUGCAGUGACUGUCGCCUCUGCCACCAGGAUGGCACUCAGGACUAUGAUACGCACCACCACCACUGGCGGGAGGGUAACAUGGCGUCAGGGUCUCGCUGUGAGGUGUGCAGGCGCACCUGCGGCUCUUCCGAUGUGCUGUCCGGCAUGCGGUGUGAGUGGUGCGGCAUCACGGCUCAUGCGUCCUGUUACGUAACCGUGCGGCUCGAGUGUGGCAUGGGGCGGCUCCACAACAUGAUCCUUCAACCGGGAUGCGUGCGCAUCUGCUCGAGGAACUUCAGCAAGAUGCACCUCUUCCGCAUCUCGGAGAACUCCCAGUGUGAGCUGGAUAACCUGGACGAUGUUGACUCUCCAACUCCCGUGGCAGCUAAAGACAACCAGUCCUCCACGCCCACCGACACAGGGAAGCAGACGCUGAAAGUGUUUGAUGGCGAUGACGCAGUGAAGCGCAACCAGAUCCGCUUGGUGUCCAUUCCACGAAUUACCAGGAAUGAGGAAGUUGUGGAGGCCGCAUUGAGGGCCUUCUACUUGCCAGACGAGCCCCAGGACUACGAGCUGCAGGUGCACGGCCAGCAACCUGCACUUCUCUCUGACGACAUCAUCAACCGCAACGGCACCCCCGACGACAAGUCCACCUUCAAGGACUACACGCCAGACUCCUGGUUGCUCCGGGCCAAACCGCGCGACUCUGACGUCCUGAAGAUCUACGCCGGCUGGCUCAAACUUGGCUACGUCUCCAUCACAGUUGGCCAUGAGAGCACAGUAGACCAGAUCAUUAAGGAAGUCUUAACCCAGCUGGGCAAGAAGGAUGAAAAUCAUGAGAACUUCAACCUUGUGGAGGUGUUUAUGAGCAGCAAACAAGUUCAAAGGCAGGUUCUGACUGGUCAGGAGCUUCUGCUGGGCAAACUGCAGGAGAUAAGGAAGGUCUCCCUGCGGCAGAUGAACCAGACGCGGUUCUACAUCGAGGAGAACCGGAACCGAGUGGUCCAGGUGAACCUGCUCCUGGGGGGACUGCCCGCACAGCUGUCCAAAGAGGAGUACGCAGAGCUUUUGCACAGACACCUGGAGAUCAAGAGUGGAAAGAAGGAUGGAGAUCACUUGGUCAACAUCACUCACGUUUACAGCACACAAGGCGCUGUGGCUCUUCAAAUCUCUUGUUUCUCCGAGGCCGAGAGGAUCUUCAUGCUGGCCAAAGACUCCUCUAUCGAUGGCAAGCAGCUCACCUCGCUGGUCAUCCCGCAAAUCAUGACAAGCGUGCUUCCUAAGGGUGGCUGUCCUCUGCUGGUCUAUGUAAACCCUAAGAGUGGAGGACUGAAGGGUAGGGAGAUACUCUACAAUUUCCGGAAGAUUCUGAACCCCCACCAAGUCUUUGAGCUGACCAAUGGAGGACCACUAGGAGGGUUGCACACGUUCAGAGAGGUGCCCCGCUUCCGUAUCCUGGUGUGUGGUGGCGACGGCACAGUGGGCUGGGUGCUCGGGGUCCUGGAGGCCAUACGCCACAAGCUGGUCUGCCCUGAACCCGCCAUCGGCAUCAUCCCCCUGGGCACGGGAAAUGACCUGGCCAGAGUGCUGCGCUGGGGGGCGGGCUACAGUGGCGAGGACCCCUACAGCAUCCUCCUCUCAUUGGACGAGGCGGAGGAAGUGGAGAUGGAUCGCUGGACCAUUCUCCUGGACGCUCAGGAGAUGACCGAGGACGGCAAAGAGAAUGGCUUCCUGGAGCCGCCCAAGAUCGUCCACAUGAAUAAUUACUUUGGCCUGGGCAUCGACGCCGAGCUCAGUCUGGACUUCCACCAUGCCCGCGAAGAGGAGCCAGGAAAGUUCAAUAGCAGGUUUCACAACAAGGGUGUAUACGUAAAGGUGGGCCUGCAAAAGCUGAGCCACACCCGCAACCUGCACAAAGACAUCAAGCUGCAGGUGGACAAACAGGACGUGGAGCUUCCCAACAUAGAAGGGCUCAUCUUCCUCAACAUCCCCAGCUGGGGCUCGGGGGCAGACCUGUGGGGCUCGGACAGCGACUCGCGCUACGGGAAGCCCCGCAUAGACGACGGCAUGCUGGAGGUGGUGGGGGUCACUGGCGUGGUCCACAUGGGUCAGGUACAGGGUGGACUGCGGUCAGGGAUCCGGAUUGCUCAGGGCGCCUAUAUCCGCAUCACUGUGACUAAGCCCAUCCCGGUGCAGGUGGAUGGGGAGCCGUGGAUCCAGUCUCCAGGGCAGAUCAUCAUUUCAGCCGCUGGGCCUAAGGUGCGGAUGCUACGGAAGUGCAAGAGCAAGCAGAAAAAACAGCCAUCUGGCAGCCAGAAGGAGGGGCGAUCGGAGAGCCCCGCGCCCAGUGAAGGGGGCCACUGAUGCCCCCAUUGCCACCACUACAUGCCCCCCCCCCCCCCCCCCCCAUCCCACUCUUCUCGACACCCAGCUCAUCGCGGAGGGGUCGUACACCACCAGUCCAGAGCUCUUCAUAACUAGGAGAAGAAGCUGAUGCCCUGAAGGAGAAAGGCCAGCGUGUCCUACAGGUCGUCUGAUUCUGUGGUGAUCUCUGUGUGGUGGUACAGGGGUUUUUAUGUUUUGUUUUUCAUGUUGUAGCCUGUGCAAAAAGUGCCACUUCAUGUCAUAUAUGGGGUGUCUUGUUUUAUCAUUGUAAUGUUUUAAGUGUGAAUUUCCCUCAAAUCCACACAGUCGGUAUGCAAGUUGUGCUUACUGUAUACAAGUUCUGCCUUUUGAAAUGAACGAGCUUUAGAGGCUUUAUGAUCCUCUGGAAUGCUUUUGAUUGCAAAUGACGCAAUAGGAUAGACUCCUGUGGAAUAGGCCUAUGAAACGCCUUCAAAGCUGUAAAAAAUAUGAGCAAUUUAAUUCACGUUCUUAACCGAUCAGGCCAUAUAUGUUUUAAUUCGCUAAUUUCGCUUUGUUUUCUUAAUUGAUUAACGUUGUAGUCUCACGUGCUGAUGUUUUUUUAGGCCUGUCUUGUAGUACAUUUCUAAUCACUAGAGUAAGCCCCUUCGGAAAGCUGUUUCUUCAAUACACACCAGUGUGAUGCCUUGGCCCCCUCCUGAUGCUCUGCAGUGAUUAUCUGUCAAUCACAGCCUCCCUGAUUCCUCACGCACAAACAAACAACAGAUCUUGAGUUGCUCCCCCUUUCAAGACUUUUUGCACCCAUGACUCAUGGCUUUUUGGCAUGGCUUUUAAGCCACCGCGUCUGUAUGCUGAAGCGACACCACUCCGUGUAAAUACCACCUACCGUACACCUCCCCUGCCGAUGAAAUGGCUUUUUUUGGCAAAUCACACGUCAUCACCUCGCUCCAGUGCUCCUCUCUCACGCGGCGCGGCCCCUCUAAUGGGUGUUUUAGCUAUCUUAAGGAACUCUGACUGCUGUAAUUAGCACUGUCAUGCGGCUUCGCAGGGCGCACCAUGACAUAGAACCUAUUCUCCUCCCUGUCUGCACACAGCUGCAGCGUAACCUUGAGAGAAGUUCUCCAAACACCACCCUGGUUUUAGAACCAGCACUAAAUGAUACUUGACAUUUCAGCUUUUCGUUGUAGAAGCCAGACCAGUGUUCCAUGCAGAAAUGACCUGUUAAAUGCUGAUGUUUUUGCUUGUGUUUGUUGUUGCCGUUUUGCUGUUGUCUCAUUAUAAAAAGUGUGCGAACUAGCCAUUCCAGCACUUUUUUUUCUCUCUCUGGUCAGCUACAGCUGAACAGGUUGGACCACGGCAGGUGUCUUAUUACUAUGCGGUCAGAGCGAUGAUCACGCAUGGUAGGUUGUGUCGGCUCAGCACUCGACUUAAUGCACAUGAAGAACAAACAGCUCCUUGGCGGCGGCAUUACACUGUAUAUCAUUUGGAAUCACAUGAAUGAUGUGAUUGUGUUUAUAAAGUUGCAUAGUAACUUUAAUGCACAAAAGCAUUUGAGGGUUCGGGUAUGUGUGUGUGUGUGUUUUGUAAAUAUAGAUACCGUAUACACAUGUUUUUAAAUGUACAGCAACUGAGUUAUCCAGGGCUUUACGUAAGGGAUAACGGCCGCCGAGAUCCUGUUAUACGGAAUUAAUGGACGAGGGCGAGGGGCUA